CCAUUAUACAAGUAACUGUACCUAUCAUGCUUGUUGAAGCUGGCCAACAAAAAAGAAACCCCAAACUCGGCCUCGACAUUGAAUUGACCUCUUUCCUUCAAGAAGCUCCAUAAUAUUCAGUCUUCUCUCCCACAUAACUUUUACUACUCUCUCACACAGACCAAGACACACCUUACGCCUCAGCAGCAUAACAACAACCACCAACCGCGCAAGCACCUGCAGGCAGAGCAACAACGAACCCAAACCCUCUCCCUCCUCCACCAAACAAUCCCACCCCCUAAAUCUACCGCCCGACCACACACACCCAAAAAUGACCGACCCCUCCCGCGCCACAACCCUCCGCACCACCACCCACUCCUUCUGCCACUCCCUCCUCUCCCCGCCACCACCCCAAGACUUCCUCACCCGCUUCUUCACCGACACCCCCCAAAUCACCGAACACGGUCCCCCCUGGGCACGCUCCCGCCUCCCCUUCCUGGGUAAAACCUUCACCGGCCGCGACGCCUGCCUCGCCUACUUCCGCGCCCUAAACGACACACUGCUCAUGAACCUGCCGUCGGACGCGUUCCCGGACCAGAACGGCUUCAUCGUCGACGUGGGCGCGGAUAUGGUGAGCGUGGUGGGCAAGGGGCGGUUCGAGAGCAGGAAGACAGGGAAGGCGUGGGAGGAGCAGUUCAUCUAUCGGUUCAGUGGGUUCGACGCCGAGGGCAAGAUUGGGCAUUGGGAGAUAUGGGCGGACCCGUUGAGCGCGUGGGUGGCGGUCGGGGGGGUGGGGGAGGACGGCGAUAUCGAAGGGGUGGAAGGCACGGGUGGGGUCGGGGUGAAGGGGGAGGGCAUUUUGGAGGGGGCUGGGUAUGCAAGCUGA